CUGCCUGGUGACUAAUUUUUUGUUUAUAAUUUCAUGAAACAAAAAAUUUCUUAAAAUUAAUUUGAAGUGCCUUGUGUUUUUAUUAAAUAUUUUCUUGGAAUAAUAGUAAAUUGGUUCAUUUAUAAAAAUGCACGGUAGACUAAAGGUUAGAACUACAGCUGAGGAGGAGGCGAAAAAAAAGAAAGAACAAGCUAUUAAAGCUAAAGCUUACUUAGCUGGAAUGGAAAAGAUUUUUAAAAAAAGAGAAAAUAAUGAAUUAGACGCUGAGAUGCUUGUGUUAACAGGUCAUAUACUGCAAAAGAAUCCAGAUGUUACAACAUUAUGGAAUAUUAGAAGAGAGUGUUUUCUGGCUAUUUGUGAUAACGAUGAACGUAACGAAUUAUACCAAAAAGAUCUUAAUUUCACAGAGCAAUGUCUAAAGGUUAAUCCUAAAUCUUACUGUGCUUGGCAUCAUCGAUGUUGGAUUCUUGAAAAUUCUACAGAGCCCGAUUGGAAUAAAGAGGUGGCUUUGUGCACAAAGUACUUAAAAAUGGACGAGAGAAAUUUUCAUUGCUGGGAUUAUCGUAGAUAUGUGGUUGAAAAGGCGAAAAUUUCGCCGGAAAAAGAAUUAGAAUUUUGUACCGAUAAAAUUAAAAAUAACUUUUCAAAUUAUUCUUCUUGGCAUUAUCGCAGUAAAUUGUUACCAAUUGUACAUCCACAUCCAACAGAACCUACUAGACCGAUUAGUGAGGAAAUAUUAAAAGAAGAAUUAGAAAUGGUGUUAACAGCUGCAUUUACUGAUCCUAAUGAUAGUAGCGCAUGGUUUUAUCAGAGAUGGUUAUUGGGUUAUUCCAAGCCAUUAUUGGAUAUAUCAGCAUUUAGAGUAACUAAAGACAAAUUGGUAUUAUCUUUAACCCAAUCCAUUGAUAUUAAUGAAUUCACUGUUACUGUUGGAUCUAUUAUAUUAGAAUCCAAAAACUUUCGUUCAGCACGUUCGGAACACCAGUAUGAUAAUGUAUGGAUUUUGCAAGAAAGUGUAGAUUUUUCGAAUUUAGAUAGCUGUCUUGAAGUUAAAUGUACUAGUAAUGAUGGUAAAAUUAAUUUAAAAAUUAAUGUUAAAAAAGUGACUGACGGAUAUUGUGGUCUAAGAUGUCCUAAUUUUGAAUAUGAAUUCGGCGCCGCUCUUAAAGAUCAACUAAGAUCACAAUUGAUGUCCUGUGAAGAACUUUUGGAAUACGAACCUGAAAGCAAAUGGACAUUAUUAACGGCAGCCCUUCUAAUGAGAGCAAUAGAUCGUAGGGCAUAUUUUGAGAAGUCAAUUGAGAAUUUAGCUAAGUUGGAGAUAGUAGAUCGCUUACGGGUGGGUUAUUAUAAAGAUUUGGCCACGAAGUGGAAAGUAGAGAAAAAAAUUGAAGAAUGGAUAGAAAAUGGUGAUAUUUCUAAAAUGAUCGAUUUAUCUAAUUUGAAGUUAAGCUCACUUCCAUAUGAUUAUGUAUUUAGUAUAGCUGAUAGUAUAAACUUGAGUAAUAAUUGUUUACAAAACAGAUCACUUGAAAAAUUUUAUUCAUUCCAAUUCGCAAAGACUUUGGAUUUAUCAUCCAAUUUAUUUAAAGAUGAUAUUGAAACUAUGCUGAUAAAACAAUUAAAUAAUGUAGAAAUUAAGCACUAAAAAUUUUUUAUUCCUCAUAAGAAAUUCGAUUUCUUUAAAGUUAUUAAUUAUUAUAUUUUGUUAAAAAUAAAUAGUGAAAUCUAAU